CUGGUUGUGGAAAACCUAGACACCUGCUGUCGCAUUAGUUUGCUCUUGUCAGCUUAUUGUCCUAAUCUCACCAGCGCAUUUGGUAGAGUAGGCCAGUCUUAACUGUCUAGUCUCCUGUUUCAUCGUUCUUCACAGUCAGUCUCUGUCUACAUGUGCCUACGUUCCAAUAUAUAUAUGAGCCGAACCAGUCACUGAAACUUUUAACUGCCCACAAAGUGUGCUACUCUUGUUCAGCUGUGUUUUUGUCUGCAUAUGUCUGCGGCAUCACUUUACUCACAAAAGCCACAUUUUCGCCCGUCUACUAGGCCCGCGAAAAUCGUCGGAUGCUUCGGUCGGGCCAUCACUAAUCCCGUACCUUCUUCCUUUGCCGAGCCAUGAUUGGGGAUUUGGGCAGCGUGCGCCUGCUAAACAGCCUGAGAUGCUUUUUAGUAUAAUGAAAGUUCUCCCUAUGGGGACUUUUCUACCUUCAGCUUUUGCUGUUGUUCCAGUCCGCGAACGGAGAUAGUUUCCACUUUCACACUCUUACUGCUGCUACCAUACUCGUGUUAAUUUAUGCAUCGAUUUGAAAGAGCAGUUAUAAUACAGCUCAGAAAUAUCACAGCAGAAAAGCUCGUUAUUUAGAGGACUCCUAAGGUAUACCGCAGUUUUGGGAAAGAUCUUGCUGCCAUCCAUCUAUAACCAUUGAAUAUACCGAUGAUGAUGAUGAUGAUGGUGGUGGUGGUGGUGGUGGUGGUGGUGGUGGUGGUGGUGGUGAUGAUGAUGAUGAUGAUGAUGAUGAUGAUGAUGAUGAUGAUGAUGAUGAUGAUGAUGAUGAUGAUGAUGAUGAUGAUGAUGAUGAUGAUGAUGAUGAUGAUGAUGAUGAUGAUGAUGAUGAUGAUGAAUAA